AUGGCAUAUCUAUGGACGCCGUUCUCAUCUUUAACAGCUGACAAUCUCCUUGCCUCUGGCGCGUCAGGCUACGUCUUCACUACCACAGAACACGUCGUUAUCAAAGUCCCGAUCAUAAUAAGGAACGCCUGUCCUGAACAAGUGGCUCUUAGCGAAUCGCGCAUUGAAUCCAUAGAGAGAGAGAAGAAGGUGUAUAAUGUGCUGAUGAAAAAUCCAAACCCGAACAUUGUCCGCUCUCUUCGCCUUGAACCAGAGGGUAUAUUCAUGGAACGAUUAUUCGACAAUCUUCAAUUGCGGAUCAAUCGUCAUGACAGUGAUCCGAUCGAGAUAGCAGCGGAGAAUAAAUGGAUCCUGCAAAUAGCAGAAGCUGACGCAUGGCUCGAGCAUCUUGGGCUCGUUCAUGGGGAUUUACGACCAGCAAACAUACUACUUGACCGUCGUGGAAACGUCAAGCUCAGUGAUUUUGAUACAACUGUGCCCUACGGCCAUGAACUCCAGGCAUCUCCCAUCGGAUUUUGUCGACGCAGCAAAGAUGGUACGCCAGGCAUAGCCAGUCCAGUCAGUGAACAAUUUGCGUUUGGUUCAUGCCUCUAUACCAUUCGAACAAAGCAUACUCCUUUUGAUGGAUUAGACCCUGUAACAAUCGUACAACAUUUUACCAAUUGCGAGUUUCCAACACUUGACACCGUUGAUUUUGGACCCCUCAUUGAUGGUUGCUGGCAUGGCAGAUACAAAUCUAUCGUGGAAGUGAAAUCUCACUUGGAGAAGCAGCUUGCUGCCGAUGGUAGGAAAGGAAAGGUCCAGGAUGCCGACUCUAUCGAUUUUCCCGAUCUUCUAAAGGAGUGUGACAAUUUCUUGGUGAUGGCGAAGCGCAAGCGAAAGCACAGCUGCUCCAAAGAGGCGAUGAGACUGGGUUCUAUCGACUUUUCUACCAUUUUAAAUUAUUUCUCUAGGCCAUCAAUUGGGUGGUUCUCGCUGAGCCUGGUCCUGGGGUCUGCCAUUCUUGUAUUGCCGCUUGUACGAUGGAAGGUGGCUCGCUACAAACAGUAG